AUGUCUUCCGCCCAAGAAGAAUUCAAUCAGCUCGUCAGUAGCAACCGCGACAAGUUCUCCUCCCACCCAGAAGACCGCAACGUCUCCGACCACGAAUCCGACGACGACUCCGAUAAAUCCAUCGUCUCCGAACCCGAAGACUCCAACCCCUCCGACAUGGCUGCCGGCGGCCCAGCCACCUACCACGUCCCUCGAACGGUCUACGACGCCAACACCGGGCCCAAGGGUGUCAUCGCCGACGCCCAGGCCUUCGAGCGUGCCCGCAAGAGCUCCUUCCGCAACACCUUCCGAUCCAAGGACCACGCGCGCGGCCCCUCCAAGUCCUCCAAGGAUGAUGCGACGCUGCUGUACAAUUCGAACCCCCCGCAUGGCUCGGCAAGUGAUGACGACGAGGAUCGUUUCCUACGUCAGUGGCGCGAGGAGCGCAUGCAGGAGCUGCAGGGCCGGAACGGCCGUCGGAAUAGUCCCUGGCGGAAAGUUUACGGCUCCGUCGACACCGUCGACGCUGUAGGCUAUCUCGAUGCCAUUGAGAAAGUGCCAUCUGAUGCCGUGGUUGUGGUUUGUCUGAAUGAUCCUGACUCCCACGCGAGCGCACAGGUAGAAGACUGUCUGGAUGUCAUCGCGCGCCGACAGCCGGGCAUCCACUUCGUCAAAAUGCAUUACGAGAUCGCGGAGAUGGACCACAUCAAGGCCCCCGCUUUAUUAGCCUACAGGGACGGUGACGUCUUUGCGACGAUCGUGGACAUCGCGACCCAGAUUCCCAAGGGCCGGCCUUGUACUGCGGAUACCCUGGAAGAUCUCCUCAAAUCUCACCGCGUUCUCUGA